CAGUUGUGCUGGUGUGUGCCUUCUUUCAUUUGUCUUUUCACAGGAGCAGUGAAAGAAUGUCUGCUGGGUGGAUCUUUGAGACGACAGAGAGUUUCAGUCUGUGAACAUUUCAGUGAAUGCUCUCUCCGACACAUGCAGUCAGUCAGCGCUUCAGCAGCAUGGGGACUCUUUCUAGUCUGCUCUUUUUACUUCUAACUGUACACUCAGUCAAUGCGCUGAAGUGUUACGUGUGUGGCUCUGCAACAUCAAAUCAAGAAUGUAACAAAAACCUUCAGGACUGCCAGGCUCCUCUGGACACCUGCAUGACCACUGUAGGCACACAAGGAGGUUUUACUGCCAUUGCCAAGACGUGCUCCUAUUCGAAAAUCUGCACAAGCGCUGCCGCCGUUGCCUCUGUGGACAGUAAUGGAAAUGGCGUGCAGGUGACGUGCUGUAACAGUUACCUGUGCAACUACAGCGGAGCUGCUAGUGUCACACUGCACCGAUGGCUGCUGCUCCUACCACUGCUCCUCCUCACCCUCCUCUUCAGACAGCACACUUGAAAUGUUAAACACAUCCCAUCAUGGACUAAAAGCGUCUUCAUAUUGAAAAUCCUACUGAGCUAACUUUCCUUGCUUCAUUACCUGUUUGGUCGUUUGGUUGAAAAGAAGGAUGUACAGUCUGUUAAAUGGAUCACGUAUUCCAGACAUCUGAUCAUUUUGUAUGAAAACGUUAGGAAGAAUUGCACAAAAUGAUUGCCUGUGUAAACUAGAGCAUGAAUAUAAUCAAAUGAUAACA